AUGACAUCCCUCGAAGGCAAGGUCUUCGCAAUUACUGGAGGCGCUAGUGGGAUUGGAUUCGCAACUGCGCAGAUAUUGUCCAAGCGCGGUGGAAUUGUCUGCGUAGCCGAUGUAGACCCAACAGCUAUGAGCAAGGCAGAAGAAUACUUCACCAAUCAGAACACAUCAUUUGCGAUUACCAAAGUAGACGUCUCUAAGCGUGAAGAGGUAGAUUCUUGGAUCGACAGCAUCGUUCAGAAAUACGGGAGGCUUGAUGGCGCUGCCAACGUCGCCGGUGUCAUCGGCAAACACCACGGAAUACGAGAAGUGGCAGACCUUGACGACGAUGAAUGGCACAAGAUAAUCGCGGUUAACCUAACGGGGACGAUGUAUUGCUUGAGAGCCGAGCUGAGAAAGAUCGUCGAUGGUGGUUCUAUUGUGAAUGUUUCCUCUAUUCAUGGGCUUCAAGGUAAUCAAUGGUUCAGAGUUCCCGCAUCUAACGAAUCCCGGCAUUGA